CCUGAAGUUACUGAAUUUGGACCCGAUCCAUUCGGCUUUAAUGUGAGGGAUUUGAAGAUGGAAAAGGUUAUUGAAUUCCUUGAAAAUUCAAACAACACUGCGAUGAUAGAGAGAAUCAAUAAAUUUACCGAAGGCAUUCAGAAAAAUUUAUUUGAUAUAAAUGGAUGUACUAGACCAGCAGAACUUGACGAUACUGAACUCAGCCAAGUGCUAAUCUUACAAGGCAAUACAACUACAGGUCCACGAGACGUUUUACUUGAUGCGUUCUACGAACUUAAAAGUGACUGUCCGAAACUACUCGAGCGAACACCUAGACACAGCUACUGCACCAUAGACGAGG